AUGGAUAUAAAAAUCGACAAAGUUGUGGAUGUUUACAGAGAAAUUGCUGCAAUACCAACAAUUUUGGGUUGCACUAUAUGGCAAGAUGGAGAUUCUCAGUAUGGUCUUGAGAGUGUCUGGCAGCAACGUGAUCUUGAAAGAGAAGAAAACAUAAAAUAUGUGAAGUCUUGUUGCUUCAAAAUUGACGGUGAUAUUAUCAAAGAUGUAACUCAAUUUCCUCCAAAUGAGUUGACCAAAGAGCUUCUGGUAAAAUAUUCUUCUUGCAGAAACAUGAAGGCCAUAGUUAGAGAAGUAUUGGACAAGAACAAUAAGAAGGUUCAAUACAUAGAGGUAUGGGACAAGUUCAAGAAAAUUUUGAAUAUCAAUUUAAAGGAUAUUGAUAAGCAUGGUGACGUGAUCAGUAAUGAUCAAUUUGGUUCACUAGAAUGGUCAAAAAAUGGAAAGAAGAUUUUAUACAUUGCUGAAACUAAGAAACCCAAGACAAAGUCUUUUUUCAAGUCAACUAGCAAGAAAGAGGACGACUGUGAGCCUGGAAAUGAGCAUGUCAUGUACGAUUCAUGGGGUGAACAGAUGGAUGGUGCUCACAGACCUACUGUAUGUAUACUUGAUCUGUCAAAUAAAGAAAUCACAGUUUUUUCUGAUGUUAUUCCUUCGGAUGUCUCAGCGGGCCAGGCUUUUUGGCAUCAUGAUUGUGAAUCUGUUGUAUUUAUUGGAUGGAUGCAACAACCAUACAGACUUGGUCUUCGUUAUUGCCCUAUUCGUCAAUGUGCCUUGUAUUUCUUACAUACAAAUAAAAAGAUUUGCAAGACAUUGUCUGACGAUAAUCAAUCUGUUCGAUCCCCACGUUUGCAUCCUAAGGACAAUACAAUUGUGUUUGUGGAAAAUCGUGUAGGAGGGCCACACAUGCAAUGUUCUAGACUUAUGUCUCUAAACUUGCCAUCAUGGGAAGACGACUCUCAAGAACUUGCACAGCAGGAUGUCAUCAUCGAUCUUGUGAAGUCUUCCAAUUCUGAAAAUGAUUUUCCUGGUCUUUACUUUAUGAAUUUACCAAGUAAUUGUUGGAGUAUUGAUUGCAAUUAUAUUUUCUUAGCAAGUAUCUGGAGAUCUCACACUGUUGCUUUGGUUGUAGAUCUUAAGAGCAGUCAAGUGAAGCGACUGACUUCUACAGGUAAUACAUCUGUCUUAGAUGUAAAGAAUGAUGUCAUUGUUGUAAGUCAUUCUACCCCAACCAUUCCUCCAGAACUAAGAAUUGCAAAAUUUGAAAAAGAUAAAGAUAUGAAUUGGACAACUGUCGUGCAACCUUGUAAACCAAUUGAUGACAUGAAAUGGUCUGUUCAUUCAUUCAAGCCAGAAUUAGAGAAUUCACAAUAUCCUGAUGUUGAUACUGAAUAUAUUUUAUACCAGCCAAUGACACCGAAGGCAAAUAACAGAGCAUUGGUGGUAUUUCCACAUGGUGGUCCACAUUCUAACAGUUCUGCUGGUUUUAUGAACAGCAUUGUUGGCAUGUGCAAACUUGGAUUCACUGUUGUUAACAUAAAUUAUAGAGGUUCUGUUGGUUUUGGCAAUGAUGGUGUGUACUCGCUCCCAGGUAGAAUUGGGAAACAAGAUGUCAGCGAUGUUCAUCAAGUGUCGAAAAAACUAAAAAAUGAAUUGGGCCCUACUAGAGUUUUCCUGACAGGUGGAUCACACGGGGGAUUCCUAUCAUUGCAUUUAAUUUCACAAUUUCCAGAUUUUUAUUCUGCUACGGUAGUCCGAAACCCUGCUGUAAACCUUGCUCCCAAGUCUGAUUUAUCUGAUAUACCAGAUUGGUGUUAUUGUGAACGUGGGAAGGAGUUUGAUUUUGAGACAUUACCAAGUUCUGAUUCAUACUCGGCUCUGCUGGGAAUGUCUCCCAUUUUCCACAUAGAAAAAGCAAAAGCACCUGUAUUACUUAUGCUUGGAGAUUGUGAUCUGAGAGUCCCACCUUCACAAGGUAAAGGAUGGGCACAAAAAUACAGAGCUCUCGGUAAGGAAUGUAAAGUGUUGUUAUACAAAGACAAUAAUCAUCCUUUGAGCAAAGUGGAUGCUGAAGCAGAUGGAUUUGUGAAUACAAUAUUGUGGUUUCAAAAAUAUCAGAAUACUUUAAACUAA